GAAUCUUCGAUUUCUGCAACUUUUGUAUCUCGUCGACUCUUUUCUGGUGAGCCCUUCUUCCUCUCGUUUUUAGGGUUUGGGUUUUCUUCAAAAUCUCACCUUUUUUAUUUAGCAUUGGUCGUAUGUUUACCAAGUUCAGAAAACUGUUGUGGUUCUAUUGAAUUGGGUUUCCUCUAUCUUUAUUAUAGAGAUGGAGUCUUCAAGCCCCCACCAUAGUCACAUUGUUGAGGUUAAUGUAGGAAAAUCGGAAGAAGAAAGAAUUAUUGUGGCAAGUAAAGUCUGUGGAGAAGCGCCUUGUGGGUUUUCGGAUUCUAAGAAUGCUUCCGGUGAUGCUCAGGAACGCUCUGCUUCUAUGCAGAAGCUUUGUAUCGCGGUCGUGCUGUGUCUAGUGUUCAUGAGCGUUGAAGUUGUUGGUGGCAUUAAAGCCAAUAGUUUGGCCAUUUUAACCGAUGCAGCUCAUUUGCUCUCUGACGUUGCUGCCUUUGCUAUCUCCCUCUUCUCAUUGUGGGCUGCUGGCUGGGAAGCCACUCCCAGGCAGACUUACGGGUUCUUCAGGAUUGAGAUUUUGGGAGCUCUUGUAUCUAUCCAGCUCAUUUGGUUGCUCACGGGUAUUCUGGUUUAUGAAGCCAUUAUCAGAAUUGUUACAGAGACCAGUGAGGUUAAUGGAUUCCUCAUGUUUCUUGUUGCUGCGUUUGGUCUAGUGGUGAACAUCAUAAUGGCUGUUCUGCUAGGGCAUGAUCAUGGUCACAGUCAUGGGCAUGGACAUAGCCAUGGCCAUGACCAUCACAAUCACGGUGGAAACCAUAGCCAUGGGGUGACUGUUACCACCCAUCACCAUCAUCAUGAUCAUGAACAUGGCCAUAGUCAUGGAGAGGACAAGCACCAUGCUCAUGGGGAUGUCACUGAGCAACUGUUGGACAAAUCGAAGACUCAAGUCGCAGCAAAAGAGAAAAGAAAGAGAAACAUCAAUGUCCAAGGAGCUUAUCUGCAUGUCCUUGGGGAUUCCAUCCAGAGUGUUGGUGUUAUGAUUGGGGGAGCUAUCAUUUGGUACAACCCGGAAUGGAAGAUAGUGGAUCUGAUCUGCACACUUGUCUUUUCGGUUAUUGUCCUAGGAACAACCAUCAACAUGAUUCGAAACAUUCUUGAAGUAUUGAUGGAGAGUACACCCAGAGAGAUUGACGCCACAAAGCUCGAAAAGGGUCUGCUCGAAAUGGAAGAAGUGGUGGCUGUUCAUGAGCUUCACAUUUGGGCUAUCACAGUGGGAAAAGUGCUAUUGGCUUGCCAUGUCAAUAUCAGACCAGAAGCAGAUGCAGACAUGGUGCUCAACAAGGUAAUUGAUUACAUCCGCAGGGAGUACAACAUUAGUCAUGUUACGAUACAAAUCGAGCGCUAAAAGCAAAGUAAGAUCUGAUGAGGGGUUUUUGUAUCAGCAUUCUCAUUAACAAUAAAAUCAAUAAAGUUUCUACAUUUUU